GGACUCGACACGCUUCUGGCUAGUGAUGGCUGCACGCUUGUUGCUCGUUUUUGCUCUCGUCUACCUUGUCGUCGGAGACGGCGACGUUCUAGAGCUCACCGACUCCACAUUCAAGGACGAAGUGAAGAAACACGAUAUCAUACUGGUCGAGUUUUUCGCUCCGUGGUGCGGACAUUGCAAACGACUAGCUCCGGAGUACGAAGGCGCUGCAACGGAACUACUUUCGACCGACCCACCCGUUCCUCUUGCCAAAGUCGACUGUACGGCCGAGAAGGACACGUGCAGCAAUUACGGCGUGAGCGGAUAUCCGACGCUGAAGAUUUUUAGAAACGGGGAGCUCGCUAGUGACUACAACGGACCGAGAGAAAAAGAUGGCAUUGUCAAGUACAUGGUUAAGCAAGCUGCGCCCAGCGCUAAAGAGCUUACAAGUGUGGAGGAAGUGCGCAAAUUUCUAGACAAUGAUGAGCAUAGCAUUCUGGGUUUCUUUGCUCAAGAAGAUGGUCUCUACAAAGUAUUUACCAAAACGGCUGACAGCAUGCGAGAAGAGUUCAGGUUUGGCUACAGCAGUGCUGCUGACGUGCUGGAGGAGUAUGGCUAUCAGAGUGCCGUUGUGCUGUUUCAACCGUCUCGUCUUCAGAACAAGUUGGAGAAAGCGCAAUCUCGUUACUCUGGAAAAGAGGAUAUCGCAGAUCUGAAGAAAUGGAUAAAAGCCACAUUUCCCGGACUGGUUGGUUUUAUCACACCUGACAUUGAAAAGUUGUUUACUGACAAGCGGCCAUUGGUGACCGUUUACUUCAACGUUGAUUAUAAACUGAACCCAAAAGGAACAAACUAUUGGAGAAAUCGCAUCUUGAAGGUGGCAAAGGAUUUCACAGAUUUGCAGUUUGCAAUGGCUGAUACGGAUGACUUUGGUCAUACGUUAUCUCAAACAUUUGGCGUCGAAAGUGGCUCCAAGAAAGAUGCUCUAACUGUGACAGUUGUUGAUGCCAAUGACAAGAAAUAUCGCAUGGAUGGUGACUUUAGUGUUGACAAUUUCCGUGCAUUUGUGCAGCAGUACCUUGAUGGUGGUGUGGAGCCAUACAUCAAGUCUGAACCUAUCCCAGAGACUAAUGAUGACCCCGUUAAGGUAGUGGUUGCAAAGAAUUUUGAUGCAAUUGUGAAUGAUCCAACAAAGGACGUGCUUAUUGAAUUUUAUGCCCCAUGGUGUGGUCACUGCAAGACUUUGGCUCCUAAAUACGAUGAACUGGCACAGAAAUUGGUGGAUGAUCCGAACAUUGUUAUUGCCAAAAUGGAUGCUACUGCUAAUGACGCUCAGAAGGGAUAUGAUGUACAAGGAUUUCCCACGUUGUACUGGGCUCCCAUAGGAAAGAAAGACUCACCUAGAAAAUAUGAAGGGGGACGUGAAGUAACUGAUUUUCUCAGCUUUAUAAAGAAGGAAGCAACCAAUCCUCCUGUUAUAAACGAUAAGAAGAAGAGUAAAGAAGACUUGUGACAUUAGAUGUUGGUGUAUUUGCGGUUUGGUUUGAGCUGAAAUAGAAGUUCAGGUCUAUUCGUUCCA